AAUUACAUGUGUGUGUCUGAGUUUACAGUAGGCAGGGGUGUCAUGAGGAUUAGUGUGAUAGUGACCUUGUUGCUAAGUGCAGAAACAAACAAUGACAUGAAAACAAGUACACUAGGCACUGAGGAGGAGAGAUGGAGGCAGACGCUGCAGGGGAAAAAGGCCGAUUAAAAAGGGGCCUUUGAUUCCACAAGGCACAAAAUCCACAGCCAGGAAUUUGCUGCCACCUCUGAGUCAGGCAGGGGUGGGGGUGGGGUACACAGUCCCAUUAGUGGAGAAUGCCCAGUGGAUUUCGUCUGAGAGUCACAUUUCUUACUUGGACCAGUGUAGACAGAAGCAAACCCAGCUCACUUGUUUGCUGGGACAGUUGAGUUGGUGGGGAUGGCGUUCGCAGGGCCUUCUCCACAGAGCCCUCCUCGCCGGGACCUCUGCAGCCGCUCUAUCUGGCUGGCAAGGAAGAUUCGUUCAGACCUGACUGCACUUAUGGAAUCUUAUGUGAAGCAUCAGGGCCUGAACGCGAACAUAAACUUGGACUCUGUGGACGGUGUGCCGAUGGCCAGCACUGACCGGUGGAGCGAGCUGACCGAGGCAGAGCGGCUGCAGGAGAACCUGCAAGCCUACCGCACCUUCCACACCAUGUUGGCCCUGCUGCUGGAAGACCAGCGGGUGCACUUCACGCCAACGGAAGGUGACUUCCAUCAGGCCAUACACACCCUGCUGCUCCAGGUCGCCGCCUUCGCUUACCAACUGGAGGAAUUAAUGGUGCUCCUGGAGCACAAGAUCCCCCCCAGUGAGGCAGAUGGGAAGCCCUCAGUUGUCAGAGAUGCUGGACUCUUUGAGAAGAAGCUGUGGGGCCUAAAGGUGCUCCAAGAGCUUUCACAGUGGACAGUGAGGUCCAUUCAUGACCUUCGCGUCAUUGCUUCUCCUCAGUCAGGGCUCCCAGCACGCGGGAGCCAUUAUAUUGCUAACGACAAGAAAAUGUACUAAUCGCUCACCCCACCCCCUUCCUUUCUUUUCAACUGGAGUCUACAUGUUCUUUGAGGUCCACUUCCCAUUCUGAAGUUUUUGAAAGACUUUAAGGCCAUGGGCAUCUUCACCACAUAGGACUGGAAACAUGGGCAGUGGACACACAGGUUUAGCUAGGGGGUGUCUGUGGGUGGGUGUGUCAGGCCGUGCGGCACUGGGUCACGGGCACCUUCCACCUCAGCGCUCUAACCUUUCCUAUCCACUCAGUAACCUUUACAGACAUGUAACAGCCACACAGGAGAAAUACGUGAUUAACUCUAGUCCUAAUGACUCUUCUGAGAAGACUGAAACAGUAAAUUAAAAACCAUGGACUCGAGCCAAUUCCAAUGUUCAGAUAAUAAAAAUUCUAACAUCCACUGAGUGUCUAUACCUAUGUAUUCACAGGAUCUAUUUUCGCACCAAAAAAAGCAAUCUCCAUGAUGUGUCCCGGGCCGCGGCCUGAUUUUCUUUGAAAGCAGUAUGUCAAGUGGUUUGUCGUCACUUUCCCAUGACUCUUGGACUCCGCAGUGUGCAGGGAGAGAGCACUGCCCCGUGGGAAGGUGGUGGUGGUCUCAUGUGGCAAGGGAGUGGCGAGCUCACAGAGAUAAUGUGUGCAGGUCACGCCCCUGGCCAGUGCAGGACACGCCCCUGGCAAGGGGGACACAGCUUGAACCCAGGCCUUGCUCAUGACUGGUCUAUGUGCCUCUCUGUCCCUGUACCCCUCUGCCACAGAGGGCUGGAAAGUGCAUUCAUAGAAUCUAUUCCAGCACUGGAAAAAACAGUCCCCAUAACAUGACCUGAAUAUUCAAGUUCGGUGGAAAGGCAGCAUCUGUUGUCCGUUCGUGCCCAAGAAGACAGCAGGGACAGCUUAAGGAACUGGGGAAAGACUACACCCACGAACUUCUGACUGGAACUGGGGGGCUCGGGUGGGUUUACGUUCUGGGGCUGCAGGUGCAGCCUCAGUGGCAGCUGCCUCCUGUACAGCCCUGCAGCCAGCAGUGUGCUGACCGCACAGUGGCCCAGGCUCCUGGACUGUGGGUGCAGUUAAAAAGUCACAACGGGGCCCCUCUGGUGGUGCAGGGGUUAAGGUCAGCGCUAUCAAACUAUUGCCAACCACUGGGGCCGGAGUUGAAUCCAUCGUCGCCAGGGAGUGACCCACAGGACACACCAGACCUCUCCUGUCUCCCCACUGCUCCCCUCAGCAGUGUGUUUCAGU